UUAUUAGGGCAGCCCUCGUUCAGAGAGAUAGAGAAUGGCAGAAGCCACUGCUUCGAGGCUCUUCCUUCUCCUCCUGCUCUGCAUCUCCGCCGGUGAGCUCACCUCCGGCGCCACCUCCUCCACCGAUUUCGUCCGCUCCUCCUGCGGCAGCACCAGCUACCCGGCACUCUGCGUCAAGUGCCUCUCCGCCUACGCCCCCUCCGUCCGCCGCAGCCCCCGCGAGCUCGCCCGGGCCGCCCUCACCGUCAGCGCCGACCGGGCCCGGUCCGUCUCCGCCUACGUAGCCCGCCUCUCGGCCGGCGGCGGCGGCUCCAAGGCCAUCAAGGCCCGCGAGGCCGGCGCCGUCCGGGACUGCCUGGACAACUUGGCCGACAGCGUGGACCGGCUCCGGGACUCGUUCCAGGAGCUGGGCCGGCUCGGCCGAGCCGGCUCGGACCGGUUCAUGUGGCACCUCAACAACGUCCAGACCUGGUCCAGCGCCGCCCUCACCGACGAGAACACUUGCUUGGAUAGCCUGUCGCAGUACGGGUCCGGUGGUGCAAGGGAAACCAUCAGGAAGAAGGUGGUCGAGGUGGCCCAGCUCACCAGCAAUGCUCUGGUCCUUGUGAACCGGCUCGGUCCAAACUAGUGAACCGGCUCAGUUCGUAUGGGUUUGCCAUGCUUUCUCCAGCUAUCUGAAGAAAUAUGUUCUACUGUAUUUUGUUGUGUUGUCGUUGCUUACCAAUUCCUUGGUUGUUCCGCUUCCAUUAGAAGAUCACGAUGAAUGUGUGGUAGAAGAGUGCAUGUAAAAUAGGAGCAAAGUUUUAAAAGUCGUAUAUGACCAACAUUAUGGUUGUGGGAUCUAUAUAAAGUGCAUAAAAAGAUGCUACUCUCUC